AUGUUGACCAGGUUGGGGAGACUUGAAACAGCAUUAUUAGAAAAAGUUAGAGAUCAGAACAGAUUGUACACUGAGCAAGGGUGCAGAGGUAUCGCAGUGGUUGGUUCCUCCCGCCCUGAACACCAAACCAACCACAACCACUACCACAGCGGCGCCUUUCUUCAUCCUCUCCCUCUUUUCACCCUCUCCACCUUCUCUUCUCCCCCAUCAUCAGACUCCUCCUCCGUGUCCUCUCCAUCUCUUUUCCUGUCUAUCCCCUCCUCAUCCUUCUCCUUCCUCCUCUCUUCAACCUCUCUUCUAUUCCUCCCGUCAAAUCUCCCGCUUCCUUCAAUCUCCUUACAAAUCCUCGCAUUCCUCGCAACCUCCACCUUCCCCCGCCCGCCGAAACCCCUCUGGAUUCGCCCCGAUUCUCGCAGGUUUUCUCGCCUGAGGAUUACAUUUCCCCAUAUUGACCCUCUUAUUGUCCUUCUCGCUCCGCUUUCUUUGCUACUCAGGCUCUUAAGUCAUAUCCUACCUGUCUCCUCAUCUACGACACCUUUAAAACUUGAGAACAUGGACACCACCGACAUCCACGAGACCCCCAUCGCCGACGAGACGAUGACUGAUGCCGUCAACGUUGGUGACGAGGGUGAUUUGGAAGUCGCUCCUAAGACCGAAGAAGAGUAUGCGCAGUCCAUGCUGACUCUUCGCGCCAUCGUUUCUUCCAAGGAAGCGGGCGUCAUCAUCGGCAAGGCGGGUAAAAACGUCGCCGAUUUGCGCGAUGAGACUGGCGUUAAGGCCGGCGUAAGCAAGGUGGUUCCCGGCGUUCAUGAUCGCGUCCUUACCGUGACUGGUGCUCUGAGUGGUACUGCUAGAGCUUAUGCUCUAGUCGCCAAGGGACUGUUGGAAGGAGCCCCGCAGAUGGGCAUGGGUGGAAUUGUUUCCAACAACGGCACCCAUCCUAUUCGACUGUUGAUUUCUCAUAACCAAAUGGGCACCAUUAUCGGACGGCAGGGAUUGAAAAUCAAGCAUAUUCAGGACGCUUCGGGUGUGCGUAUGGUCGCUCAGAAGGAGAUGCUGCCUCAGUCCACCGAACGCAUUGUUGAAGUGCAGGGCACCCCGGAAGGAAUUGAGAAGGCCAUCUGGGAGAUUGGAAAGUGUCUUAUUGAUGAUUGGCAACGUGGAACAGGAACGAUCCUGUACAAUCCCGCCGUGCGUUCGUCAGUCGGUAGCGGUUCGAUCCAGCAUAACGGUGGCAAUAGCGACAGCUACAACAGCCGCCCUUACAACCGUACCGGUAACGGCGCUGACUUCAGUGACCAGUCCGGCGGGUAUGGCAGACGGUCCAACCCUGAUACCAGCAACCGCGGCUACCCUCUCGUCACCGAGGAUGGCGAGGAGAUCCAGACGCAGAACAUCAGUAUUCCCGCUGACAUGGUUGGAUGUAUCAUCGGCAGAGGUGGAACCAAGAUCACGGAGAUCCGCCGGAGCUCCGGGGCCCGUAUUUCUAUUGCCAAGGCUCCUCACGAUGAAACCGGAGAACGCAUGUUCACCAUCAUGGGAAGCGCCCAGGCAAACGAAAAGGCCCUGUAUCUUCUGUACGAGAACCUUGAGGCCGAGAAAACUCGCCGCAGUCAGCUGCAAGAGUGA